AUGUCGCAGCACAUCAAGGAUACGUUCAAGGCGAACGAAGAACGGAACUCGCCAACCUUCAUCACCUUCCUCACAGCCGGCUUUCCCACAGUCGAUGCCACCGUACCCCUCAUGCUCGCCAUGGAGCGCGGAGGAGCGGAUGUUAUCGAGCUGGGAGUGCCGUUCACGGAUCCGUUGGCGGACGGGAAGGCGAUUCAGGAGUGCAACAAGAUCGCGCUCGGACAUGGAGUCGACUACGCUCGCUGCCUCCAACUCGUCAAGGUGGCGCGCUCACAAGGUCUGAAAGCGCCCGUCAUCCUCAUGGGCUACUACAAUCCUUUUCACGCUUAUGGCGAUGAGCAGGCGAUUAUGGAUGCAAAGAGCGCCGGUGCGAACGGCUUCAUCAUCGUCGAUUUGCCGCCCGAAGAAGCUGUCGACUUUCGCAGUGUCUGCGCACGAGAGCGGAUGUCUUUCGUCCCUCUCAUCGCGCCUUCGACAUCGCUCGAGUGUAUUCGCUACCUCACCUCGAUCGCCGACUCGUUCAACUACGUCGUGUCCAAGAUGGGACCUACCGGCGUCUCGGAUUCCAUCUCAGCCUUGCUCUCGCCGCUCCUUUGCCGCAUCCGAAGCGUGCUCGACCGUCCGCUACCUCUCGCUGUCGGCUUCGGCGUGACGACUCGCGCACAUUUUGAAGAGGUUGGUCGCUCCGCCGAGGGGGUCGUGAUGGGUUCUCAGCUCGUCGCCGUUAUACAAGACUCAUUCAAGAAUGGCGCAACAGCUGCCGUGUCCGCCGUCGAGGCCUACUGUCGACAAGUUUCGAGCAGUCGAACUCGGGCGACGCCGCUUGCAGAGCGUACCCUUCCGAACGUUGCCCUAGCAGAGCAGGACGAGCCGGAAGAUUCGGCGUUGACAAGCGGGCGCUUCGGCGACUUCGGGGGCGCAUACGUUAUCGAGCCCUUCUACGGCGCUCUGAAGGAGCUAUCAACCGCAUACGAGGUCGCCCGCGCCGAUCCCGAGUUCUGGAAGGAGUGGCAUGGCGAGUUAGGGUACAUUAACCGCCCGAGUCAGCUUUAUGAGGCGAGCAGGUUGACGGAGCAUUGUGGAGGCGCGAAGAUCUGGUUCAAGCGCGAGGACUUGAACCACACGGGAUCGCACAAGAUCAACAACGCCAUCGGCCAGAUCCUCAUCGCCCGUCGCCUCGGCAAAACACGCAUCAUCGCCGAAACCGGUGCAGGACAACACGGCGUCGCGACCGCCACUGCCUGCGCCAAGUUCGGACUCGAGUGCGUCGUGUACAUGGGCGAGGAGGACGUGAGGAGGCAGAGCUUGAACGUGUUCAGGAUGAGGAUGUUGGGCGCCAAAGUGGUGGCUGUCGCGAGCGGGACGAAGACGCUCAAGGAUGCGAUCAACGAAGCGAUGCGCGACUGGGUGACGAACCUCUCCUCGACGCACUACCUCGUCGGCUCAGCAAUCGGUCCCGCCCCCUUCCCGACCAUCGUCCGCGACUUCCAGUCCGUCAUCGGCACCGAAAUCAAGGAGCAGCUCAAGGCGGCGAUGGGCAAGUUGCCUGACGCGGUGGUGGCGUGCGUCGGAGGCGGAAGUAACGCGAUUGGCACCUUCCACCCCUUCAUCAACGACACCUCUGUCCGGAUCGUAGGCGUUGAGGCGGCUGGCGAGGGCGUCGACACGGAGCGACACUCGGCGACCAUCUCGCGCGGCACCAAGGGCGUCUUCCACGGUGUCCGAACGUACAUCCUCCAGACCAAGGUCGGCCAGAUCCUCGGCACGCACUCGAUCUCCGCCGGUCUCGACUACCCGGGCGUCGGUCCUGAGCACGCUUGGUUGCACGAGACGAAGCGCGGCGAGUACAUCUCGGCGACCGAUGAAGAGGCGCUGCGAGAGUUCAGGGCUUGCACUCAGAUGGAGGGCAUCAUCCCUGCGCUUGAGACGGCGCAUGCGGUUUGGGCGACGAUGCAGCUCGCCAAGAUCAUGCCGAAGGAGGCCAACAUCGUCAUGACUCUGUCGGGUCGCGGCGACAAGGACGUGCAGGAGAUUUCGGAGAUCCUGCCUGGCAAGUGGGCCGACAAGCUCGACUGGCACAUCGCCAGCAACGCACUCACCGUUCAGAGAUAG